AUGGAUGAGACAUAUGGUGUUGCCGUACAGUUUGAUGAAGAUGAAGAACAAAGAUCUGGCAACGAUUCAGCUUCACAAGAUGUUCUACAUCCACGAAGCAUUGACGCCUUCUGGCUUCAACGAGAGCUUGGAAAGUACUACAACGAAGCAGAAGCAUCCAGAAAGAAAUCAGAGGAGGUUUUGGAAAUAUUAAAUGCCAGCGAUGAAAUUGAACUCGAGAACAAACUGAUGUUGUUGUUGGGUCACGACAAGUUUGCGUUGAUCAAACUUCUACGUAAGAAUCGUAUGACUGUAUUGUAUUGUACAUUGCUCGCCAGUGCACAGAGCGCAAAGGAAAAGAAAGAUAUCGAAGUGAAGAUGGAGAAUGAUCCAGAAUUGGCACAGAUUCUCCAUGCUUUGACUGAGAGUGUUGAAGAGGAUUUAAUUCAGGAAGAAAGAAGUCGCAAAAAAGCUGCGAGAAACGCUCGUGUUGCUGCAAAUCUUGCUGAAAUCGAAUCCGCCCGUAUUGGUGUGAGAAACGUUCUGGACCUGGAUGAAUUGGCUUUCAAAGAUGGCAGUCAUGUCAUGGCAAACAAGAAAUGUCAGUUACCCGAUGGCUCGUUUAGAAAACAGAGAAAAGGCUACGAAGAAGUGCACGUGCCAGCUUUAAAACCAAAGUCUUUUAACGAAGGAGAGGCUCUGGUUCCUAUUACCACUCUGCCUCAUUAUGCGCAACCGGCAUUCGAAGGAUACAAAGCGUUAAACCGUAUUCAAAGUCGCCUGCACAACACUGCGAUUCAUCAAGACGAGAAUCUUUUGCUGUGUGCGCCGACAGGAGCAGGAAAAACCAACGUUGCUUUACUUUGUAUACUUCGAGAGAUCAGCAAGCACAUUAAUCUGGAUGGAACAAUCAAUGCCGAUGAAUUUAAAGUCAUUUAUAUUGCGCCAAUGAAAUCCCUUGUGCAGGAAAUGGUUGCCAAUUUCAGCAAAAGAUUGAGUACAUAUGGUAUUAAGGUAGCUGAGCUGACGGGAGAUCAUCAGCUGAACAGAGAGCAAAUCAACGCGACACAGAUUAUCGUUUGUACGCCUGAAAAAUGGGACAUUAUAACGAGAAAGGCCGGUGAUCGAACGUACACACAACUCGUAAGGCUGCUUAUUAUCGACGAAAUUCAUUUACUUCAUGACGAACGAGGUCCGGUUCUUGAAUCUUUGGUGGCAAGAACUAUCCGUCAAAUAGAAGCAACGCAAGAGUUGGUGCGUCUGGUUGGACUGAGCGCUACUCUUCCUAACUACGAAGAUGUGGCGACAUUCAUGCGGGUAAAUCCGAACAAAGGUUUAUAUUAUUUUGAUAACAGUUUUCGUCCUGUGCCGUUGGAACAACAAUAUAUUGGUGUGACUGAAAAGAAACCGAUGAAAAGAUUGCAGAUGAUGAACGAUAUUGUGUACGAUAAAGUUAUGGAGAACGCUGGAAGAAAUCAAAUACUAAUAUUCGUGCACUCAAGAAAGGAAACUGGUAAAACAGCUCGUGCUGUUCGUGAUAUGUGCUUAGACAAAGAUACACUUGGUUUGUUUUUGAGAGAAGAUUCAGCUAGCACGGAAGUGUUGAGGACGGAAGCUGAUCAAGUGAAGAAUGGCGAAUUGAAAGAUCUUCUUCCUUAUGGCUUUGCUAUUCAUCAUGCAGGAAUGACUAGAGUGGACAGAACUUUGGUCGAAGAUUUGUUUGCAGAUAAACACAUUCAAGUCCUUGUUUCAACUGCUACACUCGCUUGGGGCGUCAAUCUUCCUGCUCAUACUGUUAUAAUUAAAGGAACUCAGAUUUAUAAUCCAGAGAAAGGUCGUUGGGUCGAGCUGGGUGCUUUAGAUGUCCUUCAAAUGUUAGGGCGUGCAGGUCGACCUCAAUAUGACUCGAAAGGCGAAGGAAUAUUGAUCACCAGCCAUUCUGAACUUCAAUAUUAUCUGUCUUUAAUGAAUCAGCAAUUACCAGUGGAAAGUCAUUUCAUUGAUAAGUUGGCUGAUAGUCUUAAUGCAGAAAUUGUUCUUGGCACUGUUCAAAAUGCCAAAGAAGCAGUAAAUUGGCUUGGUUAUACGUACCUAUAUAUCAGAAUGCUUCGUAAUCCGACGCUUUACGGAAUUUCUUACGAUGAUCUUGAAAAGGACAAUUUGCUAGAACAGAGACGUGCUGAUCUCAUCCACUCCGCAGCAAGUGUGUUGGAUAAAAAUAAUUUGGUGAGAUAUGACAGGAAGACUGGUAACUUUCAGAUAACUGAACUGGGAAGAAUCGCCAGUCAUUAUUAUUGUACACAACACACGAUAUCCGUGUUUAACAGCUUAUUGAAGCCAACAUUGAGCGAGAUUGAAUUAUUCAGAGUUUUUUCUCUUUCGUCAGAGUUCAAGUAUAUCACCGUCAGAGAGGAAGAGAAACUUGAGUUGAAUAAACUCUUAGAAAGGGUCCCAAUCCCUGUCAAGGAAAGCAUUGAAGAACCAAGUGCCAAAGUUAAUGUUCUGUUGCAAGCUUACAUAUCACAAUUAAAGCUGGAGGGAUUUGCUCUUACUUCCGAUAUGGUUUACGUAACCCAGUCCGCUGGUCGACUUGUGUCUGCGAUCUUCGAGAUUGUCGUUAACAGAGGCUGGGCGCAACUGGCUGACAAGACUUUGAAUUUGUGCAAAAUGAUCAAUAAACGAAUGUGGCUGUCCAUGACACCGUUGCGUCAGUUCACCAAAAUUCCAAUGGAAGUAAUAAGGAAGAUUGAGAAAAAGGAUUUCCCUUGGGAGAGAUUCUAUGAUCUCGGAACUAAGGAGAUCGGAGAACUGAUUCACAUGCCAAAGAUGGGGAAAACUUUACACAAGUUUAUACAUCAACUUCCAAAGCUUGAACUGGCUACUCACAUUCAGCCAAUCACGAGGUCAGUGUGAGAAAAUCUUAGG